AUGUCCACCCCACUUGCUGAAGUCAGCAUGCCGGUAACAGUGGAGACCAGUCCGUCUGAGCAAGGGCUCUCGGAUGUGUCGGGUGCCUUGACAAGUCUACAACAGUUGACACACGUGGAUGUCUUGUGCCUCGGUCGCAUAGUUGGACCAGGUCACGUAAUACUUGAUGAAGCGCUUCCACUUGCCGGUGAUGGCGACGAUGGCUGCUGCCCCAGCCCAUCGUCUUCUCUGGAAAACUUCCUCCACCCUUUUGAAGCUACAGGAGACAGAAAGCUCGACCCGGCAGAGCAUGCUCUACACAGCCGCGGCCUUAAGUACAACAUCGGCACACGACCAAAUGUCGGCCAGCUGACUUGCGCCGUGGAACAAGCGGUACGACUUGUUGAGCCCAGUCUACGGGACGAAGCUCGGUCGCGUGCAAUUGGGGUCGUCUCGAAGGUUGCGAGGACAAAUCCUACGACCCUGCCGGCAGCAGAAACAAGCGCGUUGAAACGGUUACAAGAAAACGAGAACAUAGUCAUCCUCGCUGCGGACAAGGGAAAUGCCACUGUGGUUUUGGACCGUGUGGACUACAUCAACAAGAUAAAUGGGCUGCUCAUGGACACGUCGACCUAUGCCAAACUGGCUAAGGAUCCAACGAAGAAGGUUGAAUCGGAGCUCCAGAAGCUGCUUACUGAAGUUUUCAAGUUUGUCCCCCCCGAAAGAAAGAAUCUCUACUACAGGUUGCUCUGCCACAAUGGAUCGGCUCCCGCGCUCUACGGACUGCCUAAAAUUCACAAGCCGGACGUCCCGGUACGACCGAUUGUGGACUACACACGCUCGCCGCUGUAUGAACUGUCCGGCUACCUGCACCGUAUUCUUAGGCCGCUUGCAGGACUCACGCCCACUUUCGUCAAAGACUCCGCUCACUUUAUUGAGCUAAUAAGUAGCACUUGCAUUGACGAUGACGAAGUCAUGAUCUCCUUUGACGUAAAGUCAAUGUUUACAUGUGUGCCUAUUGAGUACGCGGUCGAGUGCUGCAGGAAACUUCUCGAGGCUGACUCUUCUUUGCCUGAACGCACGCCAUUGGAAUCCCACGACAUUUGCCGCCUUCUAAAAUUUUGCCUUGAGAAUACGUACUUCGUCUUUAACAAGCAGUAUUACAAGCAAGUAUUCGGCACAGCAAUGGGAGCCUCUGUUUCCGUCGUUUGCGCGAACAUUGCUCUAGAGGAUCUGGAAAGUGCCGCCUUAUCUUCAUUCGGAACGCGGCCAAAGCUAUUUCUAAGAUACGUGGACGACUGCUUCUGCAUUAUCCCUCGCCGGCACGCAGCACAUUUCCUCGAGCACCUAAAUUCCUUUAAGCCGAGUAUACAGUUCACGGCUGAAGAGGAAAACAAUGGGCGAAUUCCCUUCGUGGAUGUCCUCGUAGAGAGAACUUCAGGCGGCUUGAAGACUAGUGUCUACAGGAAGCCAACGCACACCGGAAAGUACCUGAGCUACGACUCGGCGCACCCAAUUGGGCAAAAACGAUCCGUCGCAGCAGCACUUUUCUCCCGGGCCUUCCGCGUCUGCUCUAGCCCCACGAAACGUCGGCAAGAGCUACAGGUUGUAAAAAGGGACCUGCUGAGCAAUGGCUACCCUCGACAACUGCUCAGAACGCAGGAGCGCAAAGCAGCGAAGCCCCGCCGUGAAACGGCGAAAGAAACAGGGAAGCGCGCAGCGGUACCCUACACAGUGGGAACAAGCGAAGCCCUGGCACGAAUUUUUAAGGGCUACGGUGUUCAGAUCGCCCACGUGCCUUCCCGAAAACUUGGCCAACAGCUGGUACGCGCAAAAGACCCUUUGCAACACGCGGACUACCCGGGGGUGAUCUACAAGAUACCCUGCAAGGAGUGUGACGUGUCUGUGCCCGUGAGCCUGCAUGAAGAGGCCAAGUACACGGAUGGUGGUCACCACCGGGAUGGCGCCUCCUCCGGCUCGCAGAGUAAUUUCUGA